AUGCUUGCCUUGCAACGGUCAGGAAAUUUGCAAGAUAAAUGCGUCGUCAACAUCCUCCCAUGCCGCAUCCAUCACAAUGGGCCUACCAAAGUGACGAAGAGAUACUGGUCGCCUCUAGUGGAGAAAGGUGCUUCUCUGUCCCUGGGUCUGCCACUUGCGAAGACGCUGAUAUUUGGACUACUAGAUGGUACGGUAACAUCAUACUUUCGAGGUCGCCGUUUACGAGGUAAACCCGUGAAGGUCCCUGCUGGGUACCGAGGUAAGGAUGUGCACAGCAUCUUCUUUAAGGAGGCCGAUGUUGAUAUGCUCGCAGGCGUCGUGGUAAAGACAACCGAUCGAUUCCUCCCACAACCUUGCAGAACACAGACUGGCCCCACAUAUACUGUGUUGGACGAAGACAUUGAGAUCGCCGAUGAAGAAGACGAAGACGAACCUCCCGAACCAGUCAAGACACUCGAAGAAUUGUCGACCUUCGAGGAAGUUAUUGUAUGGGGCCAUGACGCCGUGCCAACGACCGAAAACGCCUUUGUGAAAGGGAUUGAAGAAUGGAUUGCCUUUGCCGAGGCGAUCCAUGGUACUCCCACGAAGCUCACCCAGAGUGAAAAGGAGAAAGAUGAUCGGGAUACAUGA